UGGCCCCCCCCUGGCCCGCGCUGGCCCUGGGGCUCCUCUUCUUCCCGGGGCUCUUCCUCCUGGCCCGGGCCCUACUGCGCAGGCGCUGCCCCGAGCCCCAUGCGGUCAUCCUGGCUGCCAGGUUGGUCUCCUCGGUUCAGGCCGUGAUGGCCUCCACGGCCGGGUUCAUCAUCGCCUCCUCCUGCCAGCACGUCAUUGACGAUGAGCACUGGCUGGCCGAGGCCUACCCCGCCUUCGCCGUGCCCUACUUCCUCUAUGACGUCUACGCCAUGUUCCUGUGCCACCGGCACCGCGCAUGCGUCAAAGGUCACGAGGCCGCCCCGGCCCCGCCCCCUCGCGCAGCCGCCGUCGCCUUCCUGCGCCGGGAGCCCCUCCUCGUCCUGCAUCACGUGACCAUGGUGCUCGUCUGCUUCCCCGUGGCCUGCCUGUGGCGCGAGGGCAAGGGCGACUUCUUCCUGGGCUGCCUCCUAUUGGCGGAGCUGAGCACCCCCUGCGUGUGCCUGGGCAAGGUCCUCAUCCUGCUUGGCCGCCAGCGCUCCCUCCUGCACCGCCUCAACGCGGCCGCGUUGGCGCUCACGUUCCUGCCCUGCCGCCUCCUGCUCUUCCCUUACCUCUACUGGGCCUACGGGAGGCAGCGGGGGCUGCCCCUGCUCCGCGUGCCGGGGGCUCUGCCCCACGGCGCCAACGCCGCCGCCGCCGCCCUCCUCGCCCCACAGAUCUACUGGUACGGGCUCAUCUGCAGGGCGGCCGCCAGGCUGCUGUGGGGCGGGCGCGGGGAGGGAGCCCUUGAGGGACACAGAGCGGGGACCCAGAGCGGGACCCAGAGCGGGACACAGAGAGGGAGCCAUUGA